AUGGAGAAGACCGUCGUUAAAACAUCAUCAAACCUAUCAGAAAUCAUCUCCAGACUCGGUAAAGUCUGCAACUUCAGAUCCAUCGGUGUGUUCCCUAAUGACGAGAAGCCAAAUCCCAAAGACCCUUGUGAUGAAGUAGACACCUUCUUCGUGGAUGAUGAUAACAUUCACGUUAUCAUAAGUUGCAAACCCUCGAGAAAGUUUCGUUGGGACAAUGACGAGGUUUCGAAGCUGUUCAACAUUGUGUCAGAGCUUAAGCUCGCGUAUCUCGAGUUUCAACAAGCACAUUCGCCUUACGAUCCUGACAAGAUCAUAAAAGCAGACAACCUCGUCGUCUCUCAUCUCGAGGCCUUGCGAAGCAUCAAGCGUCUCUACCUCAAAACGAAGCAGCGCCAGGCCAAGACAGAGUUUGAUGCUCUGCAUCGGUUGAGAGAUGAAACCGAAGUUAACGAGAAGCAUUUGGGGAAGCUCAAGGCGCAAAUGAAAGCAAAAGAGAGCGAGAUUCACUCUCUAAAGCAGAGACUAGACUGUUUGGUUGCAGAGAAUAGGAAACUCGAAGAGAGGAUUAUGAGUGUUUCCUCGUUUGAGUUCACCUUUAAAGCUACUUCUAAGUCUAUUCACGACUUUGCUAAGCCGUUAAUCACUCUGAUGAAAGCUACUGACUGGAAUCUUGAGAAAGCAGUGGAAUCCAUCGUAGGAAACGUAACAUACUCCAAGAACUCAGACAAGAAGUUUGCUUUUGAGUCAUACAUUGUCCAGAGAAUGUUUCACGGCAUGAAGAUUAGCCCGUGGGAUGUGACAGAGCUAAUGAGUUUCUACGAGCCAUUAGACGCGUUAACAGCGUUUCCAGACUCUGCGUUUUCAAAAUUCUGCGGUCAGAAGUAUCUUUUAGUUGUUCAUCCGUCUAUGGAAGCUUCUUUCUUUGGGAACUUGGAUAUGAGGGGACUAGUUUUGCUCGGUAAGCAUCCAAGAACCAUGUUUUAUCGAAUCUUUGCGAAAAUGGCCAAGUGGGUGUGGGUUCUUGGAUCGUUUGCAGCUUCCUUGGAUCGAAAAGCAAAUAUCUUUGUGGUCAGAAGAGGAACAAGAUUCUCAGGUGUAUACAUGGAAUCUGUAGUACGUAAUGAACAAGAACAAGGCGAUUUAAGAGUAGAGUUCAUCACAAUGCCAGGGUUUAAGAUUGGAGAUUCAGUGUUUAAAUCUCAGGUUUAUCUUUCUAAUACAAAAUGGUGA